AUGAGCAAGAGCACAUCUGCUGACAAGGACGAGAACACUCUUCCACCCAUCGAAGAAGACAGUGGCCGCUUCCUACUGAUACCUGUGCAAGAGGCCGAGAUCGAUAUCCAACCAUCCGUGACAACGGUCGAGAAUGUUGCGGCUACAAAGGUCUACUUUGAGACGCACUUCAGUAAUCUUAUGUCCGAAUCAGCUUCUCCACGAUCUCUGCGCCGGAAUCGAUUCGAACAGAUCAUGAACGCUAAAGGACUUUCACAUGACGAUCGCGUUCUUGCUAAAGAGGAUUGGAGUCGUGCUGAGACUGACCAUCUCCGACAAGUUCGAGUUCUCAAGGCUAGCUCGAUCAGUAGGCACAACAUGAAAGGCAUCUCCAUUGCAGGCUUCGACGUCAUCCGGGUGUUGGGUAAAGGCAGUUUCGGUGUAGUCAGGCUUGUCACCGAGCGCGUCAACAGAGGCAGAGAGGGUCGUCCCAAUGGCAGCGAAAGUCUGGACGAUAGCAACGGCUCUGCCGUUACAUGUAUCAGCAACAUGGAUGGCACAGCCCGUCGCAACCUCCCAGCUGGCAGGUCUCUCGCGGAUGUCUUCGCUAUGAAAGUCAUACGAAAGUCAGAAAUGCUGCGCGCUUGCCAGGAAGGACAUCUUCGUGCUGAGCGUGACUUCUUAGUCCAUGCAGAAGGUUCCCGAUGGGUUGUACCAUUGAUCGCCAGCUUCCAGGACAACACCAACUUAUACUUGGUCAUGGAAUACAUGAUCGGCGGCGACUUCUUGGGUCUACUGCUUCGCGAGGAUGUGCUUGAAGAAGAUGUCGCGAAGUGGUAUAUUGCCGAGAUGAUCCUCUGCAUUGAGGAAGUACACAAGAUGAAGUGGAUCCAUCGCGACGUCAAGCCCGACAACUUCCUCAUUAGUGCAUCUGGCCACCUUAAAAUAUCUGACUUCGGCCUGGCUUUCGAUGGUCAUUGGGCACACAGUCAAUCCUACUUCUCCAAUCAACGUUACACCCUCCUCGAGAAGCUUGGCAUUCAGGUCGAAGGUGAUGAGCAAGACCUCCUCGAGGAACUUCAUACCAAUGAUAUCCGCGAAGCACAACAUGAUGGCAACGACGAGAUGCACCUGAGUAAGCCAAAGCCGAAGGUUGAUCCUGAAGAACUUGCCAAGCGCGAAGGUCUACUUAACUAUCGCAAUCGGACGGAGCGCCGAAAGCUGGCGCGCAGCAUCGUUGGCACAAGUCAGUACAUGGCACCAGAAGUCAUUCAGGGCACGGCCAUCGCCGUCAUCCUGUACGAGUGCUUGUAUGGCCGCACGCCAUUCUACUGCGAGAACCGCAUCAAGACGAAAGAGAGCAUUGUCAACCAUCGUGCAACGCUCAGGUUUCCCGAGCAAGAGCGCUGGUCAAGACCCACGUCCGAAUCGAGACGUCUCAUGGCAUCUCCAACUGAUACAGUCAUCGAUCUGCUCCAGAGUAUCUUGACCGAUAAAGAGCUGCGCCUCAGCUCCCGUCAAUACCGCCACUGCGAAACAAGACUCGGUCGCCGCAUAUCCUCUGCAGCCAGCAGUCCACUCGCCCGCCACGUCUACGCCAACGGCGCCGAAGAGAUCAAAGCCCACAAGUUCUUCCAAAGCAUCCCCUGGUCGCAGAUGCAUCUGAUGCAGCCACCGUUCGUACCGCGAGUUAAGGAGAACCAAUCAAUCACAAAAUACUUCGAAGACGAAAAGGAUAUCGUGACCGACGACUCCUCAAGCUACAUGAGCAUCAAAGAACGUCUCGAGCUCGAAGGCGACGUGAACGACGAUCUCGCUCGCACUGCACUAGGCCCUCACUUCGACCGCUGGAAGAUUGAGUGCCUUGAGCGCGAGAAAAGGGACCUGGGCAUCGAACAAUGCUCAGAUGGCGAACUCCAACGCAUAAAGGAGCAUUUCGGCGCAGAUUACCCCAAGUGGAAAGCCGAUCGCGUUGUGCAGGUAUGCGAGGAGCAGAUGAUGAACGGAGUCGAUCCAAUCAAGAUGCAAAAUCGUGGGAGGAAGGAGAGAAAGAGGCCGAGGGAUAAGUUGUUGAGAGAUCCGAUUGUGGGAAGGAAGGUGAUGGAGAUCAGGAAGAAGGGAGCCUUUUUUGGGUAUACUUAUCGGAGACCUAGGACUUUGGAGGUGGCUGCGAGCGAUGUGGUGAAGGAGAAGAGUGAUGGUGGUGGUGGGCAGAGGAGGGCGAGUAUUCUGCCGGUCAAGCAGGGUGGGACGUGA